AUGGCUGUUAAUACUUUUUUAUUGGAUUUCACUGUCAAUCCGAAUGCAUGCGAAACAGUUGAAGAUAGAUACAUGAUUAAGGAAAAUGUCGAAAGUUGUCUUAAAGAAUAUAUAAAAGAUAUUAAAUGCGAUUCAUUCAGAGAAUUGGAUGGAGGAUUUUUAUCUAUUUUUUUCGGAGCCAAAGGAACAUUUAUCACGGUGAGAGGAUUAAAAGAAGGAAUUGUUACAAUCAAUAUUGAAUAUUAUAAAUCUGAAACGGAAGAUGAUAUGCUUACAUUCGAGCAACUUCGUUUGCUUGAAUUAUCAAUUGGUAAAGCUCUCGCCUCGGCUAGGAGCAAACAUCUUCCACCGAUAAAAAGAGGAGGAGCAAUUGAUGUGUAUUUAACAACAUCAGACGAAAGGAUUUUGGAAUACGACAUCGACAAAGUUGUUUUCGAAGAAACAUCUCCAUAUCAAAAAAUACAAAUCGUACAUUCGAAAAGUUUAGGAAAUAUAUUACUAUUGGACGAUUUGCAAAACAUGUCGGAAAGCGAUUUGAUUUACACGGAAACUCUUAUGCAAAGAGGAGUUGAAAAUUACGAGAAUAAAGAAAUAAUUAUUCUCGGCGGAGGAGAUGGUUGUUUGCUUUGGGAAUUGUUGAAAGAAAAUCCAAAAUUCAUCACAAUGUUAGAGUUGGAUGAAGUCGUUAUAAAAGCUUGCGGCGUUUAUUUGAGAUCUUCCUGCGGCAACUGUCUCGAUAAUUACAAAGGAGAUAAAUACGAAAUCAUUGUCGGUGAUUGUUUCGAAACGUUGGAAAAGUUUAUAAAAGAAGGGAAAAAGGUCGAUUACGUUUUUGGGGAUUUAACGGAUGUUCCGGUGGAUACGAGCGGUCAAAAUGGGGAAAUGUGGAAUUUCAUACGAUUGAUAUUGAAUAAAUCAAUGCAAGUCAUUCGUCCCGGUGGAAAAUUUUUAACACACGGAAAUGGAGCUUCCGCAGUUAGAAGUUUGCAACUUUAUGAAAAAAUGUUGCAAAAUUUAAAAGUUCCAGUUAAAUUUACUACGGCUCAUGCUUUCAUACCGUCAUUUUUAGAAGAUUGGGUAUUUUAUCAAAUCACUCCUUGUUUCGGUAACAAUCUUUCAACCUAA